ACCCACUCCCGGCCGGCUGCUGCAGCGGCGGACGGAGCCGAGCGGGGAGGCGCACACGUCGAGAGGCAACGAGAAGACUCGGACCACCGUCGCCUUUCGCGAAGACCGUUGUGAAUAAGGACGCCAGGAGAUGGAGAGGCCCUACGAAUCCAACCUUGUUCCCAGUUUGGCUCGACAGCGCGCUGGAUUUGAAGCUCCGCCGUACAAGAAGUGAGCAACGAGUGAGAUCGGUCAUCGAUGACGCCCUGAAGUCGUCGUGCAGAAAACUCUUCGUAAGGAUCCCGGGCGGGCCCGAGGGCGGUCCGACCAUGAGAGCUUCAAUCGCUGCGGUCCCGCCCUUCGGCCUCCUGCUGGUCCUGAUGUGCUGCCCCCCGCCGGGCUCGGCGCAGUCCGCCGGCGACGACGGACACCCCUCGCACGUGAGCGUCUCGGACCCCCGGCGCUGCCUGAGGCAUCACUUUGUCGAGACAAUCAGCCACCCCAUUUAUAAGUGCAACGCCAAGAUGGCGCUGCUGGCGCGCUGCGAGGGCCGCUGCGGCCCGACGACCCGCUCCGACCCGCUCAUCUCCUUCAGCUCGGUGCUCAAGCAGCCCUUCAAGAGCACUUGCGCCUGCUGCCGCCCGCACACGUCCAAACUCAAGGCCGUGCGCCUGCGCUGCGCCGGCGGCGCCCGCGUCACCGCCACGUACCGCUACAUCCUGGCCUGCGACUGCCAGGAGUGCAGCUAAGCUCAGCCGCGCACGUCGGGGGGGUUCCUUCGCUUUCUCGCUCUCUCGCCCGGACCCUGAAAAGUCUCUUUUUUGGGGGCCGACCGGAACUUGAACUGAAUCCAAAGUUCUCCGUUAGUCCCCAAGACAACAAAACAAGUUUCCUCGUUAAAAAAAACUAGCUCAAGCUUUCGCGGCGCAAACCCAAACGGCCGGCGGCCUUUCAUCUGCUACCGUAAACCAAGAGAGGCGAAGACGUCAGGUGAACUAUAAAAAGAAGAAGACGGAUGAAAGGCGGAAGGUGAGGGCGGCGCGUUCGGACUCCUGUUAAAUGUCGUCUAUUUGAAUCUGAUGUUCCCGUAAUGUCACGCCGCGUCUUGUAUUCUGCCACUCGGAAGAAACUCGACACUUUCCUCGCCGAGUUCCUGCCAAUCCGUUUCGAAGAAUAUAGAAUGUGUCCCUCUUGUCCCAUUUGGUGUUUUCUCCCCACAACAAAUAUUAAAAUCACAUUUUGGCAAACCGCAAAAUUGUCUUCAUAAUUAUGU